CAACAAACCUCCAACGCGCACAUCGUCUCUGUAGAGAUCUUCAGUUCUUCAUACUUGGAGUGCCCCUAUAGCUUGAAGCUUUGAAGCUUGACACCAGUAGCACGCUGCGUCUGCGCUGUGUCGCCGAGUCGGACAUUUGACUCGGAAGUCACUGUCACAUUGGCAGUUGCUGCUUGUAUGCGAUGGAUAGUGAUAACGCCACUUUGGACCUCGACAGUGACUCGCUGUACAUCUGCCUGACACAGUUGUUCGGUCCGCCAGGGCGUUUCCACUGGUCGAUCUACAUCACGGACGCUCAGGGACUAGCCACUCAGUACCAAUGGGCUGAGGACCUCGCCAGGUGCGACCGCAGUGCUCCAGUCGAAAAGUACAGCUGCAGCAUCGUCCAGCCCGUGAAACAGCGCAGCGAGACGCUACAGUGGAACCUCGCGUUCAUCAAGAUGUCGCAUUUCGUUCGAACCAUGGACUCGGACAGCUACGACGAACUAUUCGCCAACAUAUUCACUACCAGCUGGGCCAGCUGGAAGGACAAUCGUCAGCACGGCCUCAGCUGCAGGACAUGGGCCAUCGCGGCCUUGCAGAAGUUGCGGGAGAAGGGGGGCAUGCGGCGCCUCAGCGCAGAGCAGAUCGCUGGUCUCGAGGCCAAGAUCAUUGCCAUAGGAUGCGCGGUGGAGCAACGCGUUGCUAUAGGCGAUAAUACUGUCGAGAUGGCGGAGCUGUGACGAGCAUCAUCAAUCGGCUGGCCCCGGACUGGGGUAGACUCGUACUGAUGCCCAAAUCAAUGUAUAUCAAGAUGGCAACGCAAUAUUC